UUGUGCUCAAACCCUUCCCUAAUUCUGUGACCUCCUGGGAAGAGACUGUCCACGUCGACCUCUUCCCCAUGAAGCGCAAAUUGCGUCUCGGACGCCGGCUUUGCUAGUUUCGAGACAGCGCACUCAAUUCCAUCCCCCUUGAAUCAUAUGACAGGAUAGAAGUCCCAUCCCACUGUCGCUCUCGCUAAACAGGGCGGUGCAGCUCGCUCCGUUACCCGUCCAAUUAGCGAGCUCAGCGAUGCGGGAUUUGGCUUGAAUUGCAACGGGAGCUGCCAUACGGGAAUCACAGGCCUCAAUAGAGAACUGUGUGCGGACACCAGGCCAUCCCCGGCAGAAAAUGCGCUUGAGGAAAAGGAAUUAACUUUCACAAUUGCCGCCGAAUGCCACACCUCUGGAAGAUGGCACAAUAUGUAACUGCACACAAAGUGUGAACAGGCUGAUUUGCCAAAGAGUGGGAAAACAAGUUUAUUAGACAUGACUCUCACCACAGCACCAGUAUUUUUAUUGUGCAUGUGCAAUUUGAUACUGGGACAUUUACUGAGACAAACAAGAGUCCCAGUUAUACCCAACAAGCCGUUCAUAACUGUGUGGAAUGCUCCUACUGCUGCCUGCAAAUCAUCCUUUGGCAUUGACCUGAACCUGGACAUUUUCGAUAUAAUUUCAAACCAGAAUGACUCAUUCAUUGGGCAAAGCAUCACCAUCUUUUAUGAAAAUGAAUUGGGCCUUUACCCCCACUAUACUGAUGGUGGGGUAUCUGUAAAUGGGGGCACUCCCCAGAACUCCAGUUUGAAGUAUCAUCUCAUGAAGACCAAAGUAGAUGUGGAAAAACUUAUACCACUGGAAGAUUUUGAUGGGCUGUCUGUCAUUGACUGGGAAUCCUGGAGGCCCUUGUGGUCAAGGGACUGGGACUGGAAGGAUAUCUACCAUAGGAAAUCAAAACAGUUGGUCCGAAAGCGACAUCCUGAUUGGUCUGAGAAGCAAGUGGCAAAACAAGCCCAAAUUGAAUAUGAACAUGCAGCCAUGGGCUUUAUGGUACAGACCUUGAAGUUAUCGAAAAUUCUUAGGCCUUGGGGCUUAUGGGGCUAUUAUGGCUUUCCUUGUUGCUACAAUGACCUGUUUACCAAAAAUUACACUGGAAAGUGUCCAGGUAUUGAGAUGAAGAGGAAUGACCAGCUUGCUUGGCUCUGGAAGGAGAGUAGUGCUUUGUACCCAAGCAUUUACCUCAAUGACUGGCAUCGAAUAACCCAGAAUACACAGAGGUUUGUUCAUUAUCAAAUCAAAGAGGCCAUGCGUCAUGCUCAACGGGGAGUGAAUUACAGUUUGCCGGUCCUCCCGUACGCUCGGAUUGUAUAUGCCAACACCGUGGACUUCCUAACUGAGACUGACUUGGUUCACAGUAUCGGAGAAAGUGUUGCGAUGGGAGCUGCAGGAAUUGUUCUUUGGGGGAACAAGGAUUAUGCCCGCUCACAGGAAUCUUGUCUUGCUCUGAAAGAAUACAUCAGUGGACUGUUGGGUAAAUAUAUUGUUAACAUAACAAAUUCUGCAAUAAAAUGCAGUUUGGCUUUGUGUAACAACCACGGCAGAUGUGUGCGAUCAAGCAACAGGACUCAUACCUAUCUGCAUCUCAACCCAAAGUCCUUUUCCAUAAAGGUGAACCCUUCAAACAAAGGGCUGCCAUACAUCCUAUGGGGGCAGGAAACUGAAGAAGACGUGAAGGAGAUGGCCAAGAGUUUUCAGUGCCAGUGUUACAAUGGAUGGAUGGGGACACAUUGUGAGAUCAAAAGUGACAUAGUGUAACUGUUAACCUGGAUUUUAAUAAUUGGUCCAAUUUGCUCUUCCACCAAGUGAACAUAGGAGGGCACCAUCAAAAAGACACCAUUUUGUGGCACGUAUCUUAUCUGGAAAGUGAUAUAUCUUACUAAAAGGUGUUCCUUCAAAUUCAAACUGUUAGCAGCUGCUUCUGAAAAGCAUGAACCUAGUCAAUUGGAGCUUGUCUUGUCCCUUAUCAACAUUAUCCUCUUCUUUUCCAAGGAUCAUCACUUGUCAUAGUAGAAAAGUUUGUGAGUUCCUGAGAGUGAUACCUUCUGGAGCUUAGCUACUGGUAGGGUCACCCAUGGUGGUAAGGUCAAAGGGGAUGAUCUAGACAAAGAGUGGUCUAAUCAAACUCUCAAUGGUGGAGUUGGCUGAAGAUGUUGACACAUCACAAUGGGAGUGAAGACAGAGAAAGGUUGCAGCAGUGAAGGGUCCCCAGUCAUAAUGUGCCAUUUGACCCUGACAUCAAUCAGCCAAGGACUGUGUGGUGACUGCCCGUGCUAUCAGCCUCCCCACGUUAAACAAAGUCACGCAGAGGUAUUCUCCAUUCUGCGACAGCUCAAGUGAGCGCUGUACUAACAUCACUGGCAUUAAUAUUAGUGUUACUGCAGCUGACUGUCCAUAACUCUGAGAGCAUCUAUUUCUGCACUUUGAAGUAUUUAUGGUGAUCAUGAGCAGUGAUUUUGACUGGUUUAAUAAAAUAUAAUAAUACCACUUUUGCUAUCCUGCAGAGAGAAACUAAUCCAGUUAUGCCAGACAUUUCAAAGUACAUAUAUGUCACCAUCUACAACCCUGAGAUUUAUUUUCUUGUAGGAUUUCACAUAUAAACACAAUCAUAAUAAAUAAAUAAGGUGUAUUCAA